UGGGGGGUGGAGGUUGUGGCUCAUAAACUAUGAAGCCUUGCUGGUGUGUUAUACCAGGGGCCGACAUGUAUAUAAAAAGUGCUGCCAGGUGUUCUCACCUCAAGUAGAACAUUUGGUCGUUUAAGGAUGUGGAUGCUCUUCUUUUUGAGUGCCUUGUUGAGGGUGUUGGGGUCACAGGAAAUGCCUUCUGGAGCAUCUCAGCAGCUUCAGGCCCUUCAUUGCCCGCCCUGCGAGCAGAUACACUGUUCCUCCCGGCGGACACUGAAGCUCCAGUGUAAAGGUGGUGUCACGACAGGUGUGUGUGGUUGCUGCCCCGUCUGUGCCAGAGCAGAGGGAGAGACCUGUGGAGGAACAUGGGACUAUCUGGGCAAGUGUGAUAAGGGACUGGUGUGUGUUUACCAGGACUCAGCAGCUGACAAACCAGACCCAGAGCGCAAAGGCAUCUGUAAAGCAGUGAUUGAAUCGUUGGAUCCAGAGAGCUGUCACCCAGAGUGCACCAGGGAAUACUGUCAGGCCAACCCCUCGGAAAUCUGCGCUGCCAGGUUUGUCUCUCUGGAGCAGAUAGCAUGCCAUGGCUCCUGCCAACACACCUCCUGUUCAAGCUGUCUGCUGCUGAAACCCCCAUCAUGCCCUCAGACCUGCACCCCGUCUGAUUCCUCCUGUCUACACCACUUUGGGAAGUGUGUGCACAAUCACCUGACAGCCACUCAUAAUACUGUAUGCCACAACAACCUACAGAGUCAUCCUGAGGGGCAUUUUCUGUGUUUGGUCCCAGCCUGUCUAAACCCAACAAAGUAACUACCUUUUGUAAAGAGAGGAAAUCUUCACUAGUUCAUGUAGCAAAGUGCAAAAAGGCAGCUAUCUAUAAACUUUGUGUA